AUGGAUCAAGCAAUCCAGCGGCUAUUGAACGACAAGCUCUACGAUAGGAGGAAGCAGGGAGCUUUAGAACUUGAGAGGAUCGUGCGGGAUGCUGUCUUCCAGGGAGAGCAGGAUAAAAUCCGAAAGAUCGUUGAACAGCUCUGUCAUGACUAUGCAUACGCCGUACACCAACCCCACGCCCGGAACGGAGGUUUAAUCGGACUGGCUGCUGCCUCGAUUGCCUUGGGAUCGGAGGGAGUUGCGCCGUAUUUAGGCGAAAUCGUGCCGCCUGUUCUCGCAUGCUUUUCCGACCAAGAUGCACGAGUACGGUACUACGCAUGCGAGAGCAUGUACAAUAUUGCCAAAGUGGCUAAAGGAGAAAUAUUACUGUUCUUCAAUGAAAUUUUCGACGCCCUGGCUAAGCUUGCCUCCGAUUCCGAGCUAUCAGUCAAGAAUGGCGCGGAGCUUCUAGAUCGUCUGGUAAAAGAUAUCGUGGCUGAGUCGGCGGCUUCAUAUGUCUCGAUUCUUCAUUUCAAUGAAAAGGAAACACCGGAGGCGGAGAUUCAGGAGGACAAUGACUUUCCCAUGGCAUUCUCUCUCGCGCGAUUCAUUCCAUUACUCAAGGAGCGAAUUCAUGUGAUCCAACCGUUCACUCGCAAUUUCCUGGUCUCAUGGUUAACCCUGUUAGAUACAAUUCCUGAUCUGGAGCUCGUUAGCUAUUUGCCAGAUUUCCUGGAGGGAUUGAUCAAGUUCCUUGGCGGGCCCAAUAAGGACGUGAACAUUGCGACACAGGGAUUGCUUGAUCGAUUUUUGUUGGAGAUCAAGAGGAUUACGCGACUGAAGAAAGGAAUUGAGGAUAGCCGAAAGGGCCAGCAGAGCAACAGACACUCGGUUGCCAGCGAGACGAUGAGCAGCGUGACCGAACAAAAUACCCAGACAGAUGGUGCUAGUGAUGUCAAAGAUGACAUCGCUGUCGUAGACUCGGCAUCAGAGUCUAGCCUCGAUGAUGAAAUUGCCCAAGCUGAUGGAGACUGGAUCCCCGGACAAGAUGUACAAAUCGACCAUCCCAAGAUCCUUGAUAUCCUUGUCGGCUUUGUCAACACUUUAUACGAGGAGGAAAUGCAAUUGACAGCCCUUCGUUGGAUUGAUUCCUUUUUCGAAAUUAGCCCUGAAGAUAUCCUCCCAUUCGUUCCACGACUGUUGACUCAGGUACUUCCCGCCAUGUCCAGUGGCUCAGACGGGGUUCGAAAAGCAGCAAACCAAGUCAACACGUCCCUCAUGCAGUACAUUUACUCUCUGUCCGAUGACACAACCGAAGAAGCCCAGGCACCAUCGUCAAAGCUUGUUUCCACUACAGCCAGCAAAGAGACCUUAGAGCGGAGGUCAUCGACACCCGGCAUCAGACCUUCGGAGACAGCGAGCAUUGACACAAAGAAACAAACAACGCAGGAUAAUUCCAAUGCGGCCACACCACGCAGCAGCAUUGUUUCCACGCCAAUGCCUCCCGUUGACCUUGAUUAUGCUGCCGCUGUCAACUCCCUCACUCUACAAUUUCUCAAUGAAAAUGAAGCAACGCGAGUUGCAGCCCUUGUAUGGCUCGUCAUGCUUCACCGCAAAGCCCCGCGAAAGGUCGUCGCUUUCAACGACGGUACCUUCCCAGCUUUGCUGAAGACACUGUCCGACCCUUCGGAGAUUGUUGUAAUCAAGGAUCUCCAACUCCUUUCGCAGAUUUCAAGGAACAGCGAGGAUACCUAUUUCACCUCUUUCAUGGUGAACCUGUUGCAGCUUUUCUCCACAGAUAGACAUUUACUCGAAGUCCGCGGGAAUUUGAUUAUCAGACAGCUUUGUUUGAACUUGAGCCCGGAGCGUAUCUAUCGAACUUUAGCAGACUGUCUCGAGAAAGAAGAGGAUCUUGAAUUCGCUAGCAUCAUGGUUCAGAAUUUGAACAACAAUCUUAUUACUGCGCCUGAGCUCUCGGAGCUGAGAAAGCGCUUGAGGAAUCUCGAUUCAAGAGAUGGCCAAGCGUUCUUUGUUGGGCUUUUUAGAUCAUGGUGCCACAACGCUGUUUCCACGUUUUCCCUCUGUCUUCUUGCUCAAGCCUAUGAGCAGGCAUACAAUCUCCUUCAGAUCUUUGCCGAAUUGGAAAUGACAGUCAAUAUGUUAAUUCAAAUCGACAAGCUGGUGCAACUACUCGAGUCACCAGUGUUCACAUAUCUUCGCCUCCAACUUCUCGAACCCGAAAAAUAUCCCUUCCUCUACAAAUGUCUCUACGGCGUUCUCAUGCUCCUCCCCCAGAGCUCCGCCUUCGCCGCCCUCAAGAACCGUUUGAACAGUGUCAGCAACAUUGGUUUCCUCCACAGCGCACCCCGCAGGUAUCGCCCCUGUCUCGCGCAGUCCCAUCCCAAGACCCCCGAGCUAAACUUAUCCAGCACUGCCCAAACAGGCCCCACACCCUUCGACCGCUCCACAGGCAGUCGCCUGAAAAGCCGCGACGAAAACGCCAUCCGCUGGGUCGACCUCCUCGACAAAUUCAAAGCCGUCCAGGAGCGUGCCCGUCGCGCCCAGGCUCCCCGGAACCACUCUCUCGACCAAACAGGUCCUCUUCUCAACCCCUCCCUCGCAGCCGCUCUCUCCGCUGCAGCUGCAGAUCGCCCCAAGGACCGAUCCGGUCUCCCUGAUACUCCGCGCGGUGUCCCGAGUGGUUCUCACCAUCCAACUGCUGGAAACUCGCUAGGAGGCUCCGGUCCUGGCGCUGGCACCGCUGCCGGACGGGGUGGGGAUAACGGUUCGCCUAGGGUUAUGGGCUCGCAUAAACACAAGUCAAGCCUUUCGAACAUCGGUCGUGGGUUGGGUAUUGGAGGACGUAAGUCGAAGAAGUAG